AUACUGCUGACUUCCAAGUAAUCUACUCUUGGCAAGUCGAUGCUAGGAAAAGUUAAAUAACGCUGGCCUGUGUUUGCUAACUCUUUAAUUAACAGAGAAAUCCCCCUGGUUGUUACAAAGGAUACUUCUUUUAUCAAAAUGAAUCGUAACGGCCAAAAAAGACCUUUACAGAAGAGACUUUCCUUUGACGUUAUUAAUUGGCUCAAACAGCUAUACUCUAUCAAUCCUUACCCUGAUAGAUUUCAGUAUGGAACUAUGGCUCUACACUGCAAAAUAGAUGCAGUGCGCGUUCAAAAGUGGUUUGCAAGUCAACGGGCUAGUGAUUGGCGUAGAGGACGUUUAUGUCGAAGUUGUCGAUAUUUCAAAUCUCCAUUGGCAACAGAAGAACUUCAUAAACUUAAUCCUAACUCGCGCCAUUGCGUUUUGCUGACAAUGCCCCAGUAUCUUCAAAACAUUGCUAACCUAACUGGAGUAACACUGGCUCGUUCAACUCUUCCAUCAACUACAGAAGAGCUUGAUAUCGCGAAUAAUGUGAGAGCGAGAACGUUUUUUUCUUCCUCAGCACCUCCAUUUACUCAGCCAUUGGAACACCGACCUCAUACUUACCAUCAGCAAAUCCAAUACAGCCCGGCAGCGAUACCAAGCCAAAUGCACGAGCAACAACUUGUCAGAAUGAUGCCUCAUCAGCUACCAUAUUCAAGCCAAAUGAGGCAGCAUUGCUAUCAAAUCAAUGAACAUGUACCUUUCACCGGCAUACAGGGAGCUAAUGUCGGGAACAAUGGCUGUUUUACCGACUCAUUUUAUGGCCAAAACUGUUCACCCCAAACUUACCGGUUAUCGAGUCGAAGUAGCCUCAUAGUUUCACAUGCCUGGAUGCCAAUGGCCGCGCCUUUAGCUACAAAGUCGAAAAACAACGAUUUUGUACAAGAAAAUUCUACUUUCGAUGCUGAAGUGUCUGUUGAAGAUUCUUCUCAGAUCAUUUAUCCGGAUUACAUGGACUUCCCCCAUUUCCCUCGUCCCACAACAAUGUUAACAUGAAACCAUUUUAAAGUUUUUUUUCAGACGGCUUUUUCAUAUGUUCUAAAUACUGUUCCGCAACUCAAUGCAGUUCAUUUUUACGUUGUUUUACAGUUAUGUUCUCGUUUUUUUACAUGUGCCCUU